AUGCUUCAACACCGUUCUAUAACUGCUAGUCGAAAUGUUUUUUUUUGUAUGAAUCCUUAUCGAAAAUCUGUUAUAAAUACUUUAUUUCGAUGUUUUCUUUCAGUGGCAUGCUAUACUCUUUCUCUUUCUCAAUUAUGGCAAAAAUUAAGCUCUGCUGUUCGAGACUUUAAUUUAUUUCCAUCAACUACACCUUCAACCGAUGAACAUCAUCUUCGCAAUCAAAGAAUAUCAACUCGCAUAUUCAUCAUUCUGUUAACUUUAUCAUUAACUGCACUUAUCUCAUAUAUCUCACUUAUCAAUGUCACACAAACUAUUUAUAUCAAUUCGCCCACAAUUACACAAUACUCACAACUAUAUUCAACUUAUCCACAAACAUUAACAUGUGCAUGCACACAAGUAUCCAUCAGUUAUGAUAAGUUUCUUCAAGUUAACUACAAACUACAUCAAAUAUGUGCAAGUAUCUUUGUCACUAACUACUGGAUUAGUUACUUUACUAAUGCUCGUGGGACAGCUACAUUGAAUGGUGAUGACUUUCGAGCAUCAGGUUCAUUUAUAUUUCAAGCUUUAAAUGCAUUCUGCCAAUUAUCUAAUCAAACAAUAUCAAAUCGACUUAUUCAGUUUUAUUCAAGUCAAUAUGUUACUGUAUCGGUGACACCACUAGAAGUAUUUCAGUCACAAACUCAAGCAUUUGUUUCACAGUUUAUAUCAUCAACGGCUAAUAAUUUUAUAUUAUCACUUUUAAUAAUAAGAAACACAACUCAAAGUAAUGGUUUACUUGCUGGACAACUCACUAACUAUGGACUUUAUAGACAAAGCAAUAACUAUGUAACUUCAUCUUCUUAUUCGUAUAACAAUUGUAGCUGUGCAUCUUCAGCAACAUGUAGCUAUCAAUUUCCAAUUUAUGAUUCCAAAAAUAGCAAAGUAAUAUUCACUGUACCAGGCAUAUACAUAGGAUGUUAUAUAAUUGAAGCAUUACUUCAGUCAAAUCUGCAAUGCUUUUAUAACAAAACAUGUAUCAAUCAAGUACAAUCAUAUUUCACCAAAUAUUUAUCAAUGAAUUUAACAACAUUAGAUUCCUCAUUAUUAAUUCAAUUUGGUAUGAAUUCUACAAUGCAAGAGCUUGUUGAUGAGCUGAUGGUGGAAGAAUGGAACUCAUCGACAAUAUAUGAUGGUUAUUAUAAUGAAUGUCAACCAUCGAAAUGUAGUUAUAGUUAUCAAACGAAGAACGAUGCAAUCUAUAUAAUAACAACAUUGAUUGGGCUAGUUGGAGGAUUAAUAACAGUACUGAAACUGACCGUACCACGACUUAUCAAAAUGAUGAGAAGAAAAAAGCAAAUAAUAACACCACAAAUGGGUAAGUUAUGA